CUUGAAAGUUGAAACUUCUGUUGUCGUCGUUUUUGUGUUUGGCAUCAAAACUUGGUCUAGGCCUCUCCUUAGUCCUCUCGCAGGCUACGCAUUUUUUUUCUUCGAAGGCUAUCCCAGCUCCGCAGGCUUUUAACUUGCAUUUUUGGCUAUAGUUUUGUAUAUCUGAGAUGGCUGAGGAUGGUCACAAAGUCUCCUUGAACGUUUAUGAUUUAAGCCAAGGCUUAGCCCGGCAAUUAUCUACCACAUUUUUGGGGAAAGCUAUUGAAGGUGUAUGGCACACAGGAAUAGUGGUUUAUGGUACUGAGUACUAUUUUGGAGGUGGCAUUCAACAGACACCUGCUGGCCGGACUCCUUUUGGUACUCCAAUUCGAGUUGUAGAUCUUGGUAUCUCGCAUGUGCCUAAGGAUGUAUUUGAAAUUUACUUGCAAGAGAUUAGUCCCCGCUACACAGAACAAACUUACAGUCUUCUGACUCAUAAUUGCAACAAUUUCAGUAAUGAGGUUGCUCAGUUUUUAGUCAGUGCAACCAUCCCUGACUACAUUUUAAACCUGCCAAAUGAAGUGCUCAACAGCCCAAUGGGAGCCGUAUUUUUGCCAAUGAUACAGCAGCUGGAGACGACAUUAAGAGCAGGUGCAGUGCCACAGGCUCCCCAGUUCAAGCCUGCUACCACAGCGCCUGCAACCCAGAAAGCAAGCAGUCUUAGUAACAAAGAAGUUGAUGGGAAGUCGAGAUCAGAAGCGGAAGCAGCCACUGCUGGAGAGCAGAAAACGUCAACCGCUGAGACUGUGCCUGUUGCUGUUAAACCCACAGGUGGACAAGAGAAGCCGUCAGGUAAUGGUAUAGCAGGAGACUCUCUUGGUGACGCACGCAGCAAAGUACAAGAUGAGAUAGGCCGUGAAUUUGCUGCAAUUAUGGCAACUGGAACCUUGCGAGCAAGCGAGGCUGCAGCACUAGCGACAAGGAGAGUUAUGCAAAGAUAUGACAUGAAUGUGGCACAGAGUUAGAAAUGGAAAUAACACAUUUUAUUCUUUCUACUAAAAUCCGAUUCUAUUUGUGGAUUACAGAUCGCAGCUGUCUGUCCAAUUGUUUUUAUUGGUCAAAUGACGAAACAGGACUUGGAUGAAACUUAUUUUCCAUAUCAGCCUCGUAGCAGCAAUAUGUUGUCAACGACGUUUUGAAUUAUGGACAUAUCUCUGUCUUUAUCUAAAGAUGCUUAUGCAACCACAGGGUUGAUAUUCAUA